CCGCAAUUAUCGGCAACAUUCUGGCAAUUGUGAUAUUUUCUCGCGGUCACCGUUCACGAACGGAUCUCCGGCCAUUCUUGAUCAAUUUGGCCAUUGCAGAUUUAAUCAUGGCAAUUUUUUGUAUACCUUUUACCUUCACACUGGAGCUUCUACAGACCUGGGUGUUUACCGCACCUAUGUGUCCCAUCGUCCUCUUCCUACAACUGGUGUCCGUGACGGGAAGUGUCUCCACUAACAUGGCAAUAGGAAUCGACAGACUCUGGGCGGUAGCCUAUCCACUCAAAUCCAGGCUCACCCAUUCCAGAUACAAACUUACCAUUGCUAUCAUCUGGGGAAUUGCUGUUUGCCUGUCUUCAGUCCAGCUUGUUGUUGGGCGGGUAAAAAACGACAACAUUAACGGUGUUGACAUUGUCCGGUGUUCCGAAGAAUGGCCCGAACCAUCAGAUAUGCUCAUGAAGCUUUACACCAUGUUCAUUCUCUUUAUUACUUACAUCGUGCCGUUGACUAUUUUGACCAUUACCUACACUAUAGUCGGCCGUCUUUUAUCUCAAAGGCAAACUCCGGGCAACGCCGACGAAUUUCGGGAUACUCAACAACUGCGGUCAAAACGAAAGGUUGUCAAGAUGCUUAUCACCAUUGUGCUAGUGUUCGGCCUGUGCUGGUUGCCACUCCACAUCUUCAUGCUUCUCAUCCACUUUAGCCCUAGCAUGCUCACCUACAUGAGCCAGUCGGCAGAUCUGGAACGUUUACUGCAAGGCAUUUACUUCAGCGUCCAUUGGCUGGCCAUGUCAAACAGCUUUGUUAAUCCCAUCAUUUAUGGUUCGAUGAACGAAAGUUUUCGGGCCGAUCUUCGUUGCCUUCUUAUUGGGGUCUUUCCUUGCUUGGAAAAGUGUUGUGGCCGGAAAUAUACGUUCGCUACUCUGAGCAGCCGACGCCGUCUCCCAGGUUCGAAUUCGAGUGGGCAAAAGAUGCUAGAGAAAAACACCACUGUUCGUUUACUGGCUGCCCGCACCCGACCUCAUGGCGCUCGACAGAACUAUAUCACAAACGGAAACUGUAUCCACCCAAAGGGUGCUUUCUUGGACAAAGCGGAUCAGCCUGUCAUGGACGAAUGUGAGGAUACAAGGUAGUGAUAAAGGUCAAGGUCAAACCAACUCUGCCCGAGUGCAACGAAAUUUUCAUACACCGACAGAGAAAGGGUGAAAUAAGUCUACAACUCCGUUAACAUUCUAUAGACAAGGGUAUGCGUGCUAGAAUCUCCGUUCCAUGGGACGUGAACAGUUUGCUUUAACACCCCUUCUACACCGAGCACCUUUCUUCUCGUCCAUCACCCUCCACACUUCAAACCCUAGAAGGCGGUCAGGGUCUUUCUGACCGCGGGGAACUAUGUGGUUAUAGAAUGACACGGCGUGAGAUUACGGCUGUGCGCAAUCGUUGCUCGAGGUUACCAUUGACUGAUGAAGAGAAUAUUUGCAGUGGGAAAAACCGGGCAUUGCGUGUCAAAUUAUCCUGCUACUUAGACUUUCAUUCGCAAAUACACCACGCAGCGAAUAUACAGAAGAUUUUCUUUUGUCUCUGUGUAAACCCGAUUGUCUGGAGAGCCAGUCGGCUCAUGUUCAAGUCUAGAUACAGGAACCUAGUUUGACAAGCUUAAUGGACAGCUUAAUAACCUAUCUGAAAGCAUAUACAGCACUAACUGUAUUCUCGUGGAGAUCUACUUGUUAUCAAUGGUGCUGUGUGUAUGAAUCUGUAAGUGUGAAAACCAUAGCUACAGUGUCUGUAAGUAUGUUAAAUUACAGAAUUUUGCA